UGUCAAAAAAGUAACGAAGAAGAAGCAGAGAGCUGUGUCGGUCAUCGGUGAGGUUUUGCUGCUAAUUUUCCCAGCCAAUGCAUUUCAUGCAAUUGUAAGUUUGUCAAGAGAAGUUUCAAUGGCCAAGAAUACUAGAAGAAGACCAGGGAAACUAUCCGUGUACCUUUACAUUCCAAAUAUCGUUGGAUACAUAAGGGUCAUUAUGAACUGCAUUGCCUUUGCACAAUGCUUCUCCAACAAAAAGCUUUUUUCCGUUCUCUAUUUCUUUAGCUUUGUUUGUGAUGGCGUGGAUGGUUGGUGUGCUCGCAAAUUCAAUCAAGUUUCAACAUUUGGAGCUGUUUUGGACAUGAUAACAGACAGGAUUAGCACUGCUUGUCUGUUGGUGAUUCUUUCCCAAGUAUACAGGCCUGGCUUGAUCUUCUUGUCAUUGCUUGCCUUAGAUAUUGCCAGCCACUGGCUCCAAAUGUACAGUACUUUCUUGUUAGGCAAAGCUAGUCAUAAAGAUGUAAAAGACAGUACUAGUUGGCUCUUCAAGGCAUACUAUGGAAACAGAAUGUUUAUGGCCUAUUGUUGUGUGGCAUGUGAGGUUCUUUACAUAAUCUUGUUUCUUAUUGCGGAAAACCAAACUGAAAAUUUGAUGGAUGUCUUGAUGAGUUCUGUAAAACAGAAUUCACUUCUUGCUUGUCUACUCGCUUUGAGUUUAUUUGGAUGGGCAAUCAAGCAAGCUGUUAAUGUUAUACAGAUGAAGACAGCAGCAGAUAUAUGUGUACUUUAUGACAUCGACAAAAAGCAGAAGCCGUAAUGUCGUUCAACUGUUGAUAGAUGUCCCUGCAUUCUGCCAGCACCCACUAAUCUUGUUUGAUUUUUUUUGCUUUGAGGGUAGCAAAUGGAAUCACAAUAUAUCAAUUAAUAGACAACUGAAGGAAGUUUGUGACUUUUCAGAGUGAUUUUUCUCCAUGGUGCUGCGGGUACCCUUGGGCAAAAGACGGAUUGGAUCCUCCUUGCUCAUUUCAUUUUGGCCUUUUGUUUUUGUUUUUUUCUUUCAUCUUUUUCCCGCUUGUUCGGUAUCUUUACUGGGUGUCAUGAUAUUACUGAACAUGCUUUGCAAAGGUUGUCCUUAAAUGGCUUGAAUAUUCACUGAUUACCUGUUUCA